AUGGGCAGCAUCAUUGGAACCAUGGGGUGCAGCAGUUCUGUAGCUGACAGAAGGUCAGAGAAUGUCAUUAGAGCUGCAAUCCUCAUCCAGAAGUGGUACCGCUUCACAAUGGCCCGGCUGGAGAUGAGGCGCCGCUAUUCUCUCAGUAUCUUUCAGUCAAUCGAAUAUGCUGAUGAACAGGAUCAACUACAGCUAUCCAACUUUUUUACAUUCAUGCUGGAUCAUUGUACUCAUCCUGAUUCAGUUUCUCAAAUUUUCACCAGCCCUAGUGGUCCUCAGGUGGUGGACGAAGAUUUAAGUUUAAAAGAAUUUGAAAAGAAGAUUGAUGUUCCAGACUCCUAUUAUGGACCACGACUCUCAUUCCCCCUUACUGUGGAAGAUGCCAAUGCUCUCCUUCAUGCUUUCAGGAACGAACAGCUGCUUCAUGCCCGCUAUGUACUGCAGCUGCUAAGUGAAACUAGGAGGGUUCUCAAGGAGAUGCCAAAUAUCACCCAUCUUUCAACUUCCUACUCCAAGGAGAUAACUGUCUGUGGAGAUUUGCAUGGAAACCUGGAUGAUCUUUUGUUGAUAUUCUAUAAGAAUGGUCUGCCUUCAGAACAAAACCGUUAUGUCUUUAACGGUGAUUUCGUCGACAGAGGGAAAAAUUCUAUGGAAAUACUUAUAAUCCUAUUUGCAUUUCUUCUAAUCUAUCCCAAUGAUUUACACUUGAAUAGAGGAAACCAUGAAGACUACAUCAUGAACCUGAGAUAUGGCUUCACAAAAGAAGUUUCAAAGAAGUACAAGGACCAUUGGAAACAGAUUUUGUGUCUUCUGCGAGAUGUUUUUAGCUGGCUUCCCCUUGCCACUAUAAUUGAUAGCAAAGUUCUUAUCCUACAUGGAGGGAUUUCAGACACCACAGAUUUGGAUUUCCUGAAUGCACUUGAGAGAAAUAAGUUGAAAUCUUUGAUGCGGCCACCAAAGUCAAUAAGAGACAGACAGGACCAAACAAAGAAGAGAAUUCCAACAACAAAACCCAGUAAACACAUUGCUAACCAGCAUGUUACAGCGAAGACACAACACAACUCUUCACCGGGCUUCACUGAGUCUUCGGGCUCAAAUUUGCCUCCAGACCCCGCCCUGAAGGAAUGGAAACAAAUCCUUGACAUUCUGUGGAGUGAUCCAAGAAGCCAAAAUGGCUGUACACCAAACAAGUGUCGAGGAGGAGGCUGUUACUUUGGUCCUGAUGUCACUACCAAGCUGUUUGAGAGGUAUAAUCUGAAGAUGCUCAUCAGGUCUCAUGAAUUUAAGCCAGAAGGUUAUGAGAUCAGUCAUGAUGGAAAGGUUAUCACCAUAUUCUCGGCCUCUAACUAUUAUGAAGAGGGCAGUAACCGGGGCGCUUACAUCAAGCUGAAUCCCGAGCUCAUCCCCCGGUUUGUGCAGUACCAGGUCAGCAAGUUCACGCACAGGAAGAAUCUCCGGGAGAGGGUGGGUACAAUUGAAUCAUCUGCCUUAAAGUCCUUACGAGAGAAGAUUUAUGCUCACAAGUCUGAACUCACCAGUGCUUUUGCACAAUACGACAUCAAUGGCACAGGCAGGAUUUCUGUCAACGACUGGGCUGCAGCAAUGGAGUCUGUCCUACAGCUGGAACUGCCCUGGAGGAUGCUGCGGUCUCAGUUAGCACAAAUGAACCCAGAUGGAGAAGUUGACUUCAUGUCGUGUUUUUAUGAUUUGAAAAUGGGUCAACCUAUAAAAGAGGCUCAGCCAGCUUUGGCAGAAACACUGUGCAGAUACAGAAAGGAUCUGGAGAUCAUCUUUAACAUCAUUGACAAAGAUCACUCAGGUUUGAUUUCUCUUGAGGAAUUCAGCCAGACCUGGAGACUCUUCACUUCUCACCUGGGCAUUGAUGUACAGGAUGACUCCAUUGACAAGUUAGUCCUCAGCAUAGACUUCAACAAAGAUGGCCACAUUGACUUCAAUGAAUUUUUAGAGGCCUUUCACGUUGUUCACAGACUCGAGAAAAAGGCAACCUCCUGA